UUCUUGUUUCUACAAUGGUUGUUUUUAAAACCUUGGCUUUUAGGAGGAUUAUGGCUCUUAUUCUACAGUCUCUGUCAAUAUUCAAUCAGAAGAUUGAUGGUCACAUGGUGCUGGAGAGUCUUAACCUUUUUGUACCUACGCGUAUGACCAGCGAUAGUUCUGGUUUAGUGGCGCCGUUCCGCCGGCUUCAGUUACUUGCACGGCCUGUGACGCGCACCAGAAGUGCUGCGCGUGCUCCUAAUGUACGUGCUUUCUCUCUGUUGGGUGAUAUACUUGUUCAGCACGAGGAUCUAGAUUUGUUUACCGAUAAUCUGACAUGUUUAUGUAAUAAAAUCCAUGUUUAUGUAAUAAUAUCUCAGUAUGACAUUAUAAUUUAAAAUAUAAUUGAAAUAAUAUCAUAUAUAUUUAAUUAUGGUUAAUAUCAAUUUAAAUUUUGUAUAAUAUGUAUGUAAUUUCGUUUUGUCUAUUUAAUUGACUUAUUGUUGACAUCAUAUAAAAACAUAUUUAUUACCUAGCUGGCGCUUUGCUACGAAUUGUAAACCGGCAAGUGUGUUUGAAUAAAUAAAUAAAGAAAAUGUAAUAAUGGAUUA